AUGAAUGAUUCUGACAGUGAUCGACAUAAACAAAUUAGUGUUAGAGGAAUUGCACAAGUUGAAAAUGUUGCUAACAUCAAAAAAACAUUUAAUCGUCAUUUGCAUUUUUCAAUGAUUAAAGACAGAAAUGUUUCGACGCCUAGAGAUUAUUAUUUUGCACUUGCUCAUACUGUUCGUGAUCACUUGGUGAGUCGAUGGAUUCGAACACAGCAACAUUAUUAUGAAAAGGAUCCGAAGCGUGUCUAUUACCUUUCAUUGGAAUUUUAUAUGGGAAGAACUUUGUCAAAUACAAUGCUAAAUUUGGGAAUGCAAGCAACUGUUGAUGAAGCUUUGUAUCAGCUUGGUUUAAAUAUCGAAGAAUUACAAGAAAUUGAAGAAGAUGCAGGUUUAGGAAAUGGAGGUCUUGGACGUUUGGCUGCUUGUUUUCUUGAUUCAAUGGCGACAUUAGGAAUUCCUGCAUAUGGUUAUGGAUUGCGUUAUGAAUAUGGGAUAUUUAAACAAUUAAUCAAAGAUGGAUGGCAGGUUGAAGAACCAGAUGAUUGGCUUCGUUUUGGAAAUCCUUGGGAAAAGGCUCGUCCAGAAUAUAUGCUUCCAGUUAAUUUUUAUGGAAAAGUUGAAAAAGAUUCUUCUGGAAAGAGCCAUUGGCGUGACACUCAUCUUGUUUUUGCUAUGCCUUAUGAUACACCUGUUCCAGGAUUUCGCAAUAAUGUUGUCAAUACUCUUCGUCUUUGGUCUGCAAAAGCUGAAAAUCAUUUUCAUUUACAAUUUUUUAAUGAUGGUGAAUAUAUACAAGCAGUUAUGGAUCGAAAUGUUUCAGAAAAUAUAACACGUGUUUUAUAUCCAAAUGAUAAUAUUUUUGUUGGGAAAGAGUUGAGAUUAAAACAACAAUAUUUUUUGGUUGCUGCUACUUUACAAGACAUUAUUAGACGAUUUAAAUCAAGUCAAUAUGGAAAUAGAAAUCCUAUACGUGUUGAAUUCGAUUCUUUUCCUGACAAGGUGGCAAUUCAAUUAAAUGACACACAUCCAUCUAUUGGCAUACCUGAACUGGUUCGUCUUCUUGUUGAUGUUGAAGGAUUAGAUUUUGAUCAUGCUUGGGAUAUUUGUAUUAAAACAUUUGCUUACACAAAUCAUACUUUAUUGCCUGAAGCUUUGGAACGUUGGCCGGUUUCGAUGUUAGAACAUUUGUUGCCACGCCAUUUGGAGAUUAUUUAUUUGAUUAAUCAACAAUUUAUGGAGCAAAUUGCAAAAAAAUAUCCUGGAGAUGUUGAUAGAAUGCGUAGAAUGUCUAUUGUCGAAGAACCUGAUCAAUUCAAUGGGGAAAAAAGAAUUAAUAUGGCACAUUUAUGUAUUGUUGGUUCUCAUUGUACAAAUGGUGUUGCUGAAUUACAUUCAAGUUUAUUGAAAAGCCAAACUUUUCGUGAUUUUUACGACUUCUUCCCCAAUCGUUUUCAAAAUAAAACAAAUGGAAUAACACCUCGUCGUUGGCUUCUUUUAUGCAAUCCUUCACUUGCUGAUCUUAUUUGUGAUAAAAUUAGUGAUGAAUAUAUUUAUGAUUUAUACAAGCUUAAACAACUGGAAAAAUUUUCAACUAAUAUUGGAUUUUUGGAUGCAAUUGCACGGAUUAAAAGAGUUUAUUUUUUACACAAACUUAAUUUUUAUGUUUUAAAGGAUAAUAAAUUACGUGUUGCACAAUUUAUUAAAGAACAAUUUGAUAUUGAUAUUAAUCCUGCAAGUAUGUAUGACAUUCAUGUAAAGCGUAUUCAUGAAUAUAAACGUCAAUUGCUAAAUAUAUUGCAUGUAAUCACUUUAUAUAAUCGAAUAAAGGCCGAUCCAAAUGAUGAUGAAAUUGUUCCAAGAACUGUUAUGUUUGGUGGAAAGGCAGCUCCAGGUUAUCAUAUGGCUAAACAAAUUAUUAAAUUGAUUAAUGCUGUUGCUUCUGUUGUUAAUUGUGAUCCUAUUGUAGGGGAUAAAUUGAAGGUUUUUUUAAUUUCUGAAAUUUAUUGCAAACAUGCCCACAUUUUUUAUUUCUUUUAUUCCAGCUUCCUUUUUAUAAUAGUGGUCUUUUUGGAAAAUUAUCGUGUUUCAAUGGCUGAAAAAAUAAUUCCAGCCGCUGAUUUGUCUGAACAGAUUUCUACAGCUGGGACAGAAGCUUCUGGUACCGGAAAUAUGAAAUUUAUGUUAAAUGGUGCUUUAACCAUUGGAACUUUGGAUGGAGCUAAUGUUGAAAUGGCUGAGGAAAUGGGUGAAGAAAAUAUUUUUAUUUUUGGAAUGCGUGUGGAAGAAGUUGCUGCUUUGGAGAAGAAAGGUUAUAAAUCUACUGAUUUUAUUGAACAAAAUAUAGAAUUACUUCAAUGUGUAGAACAAAUUGAAGCUGGAUAUUUUACUCCAGAUCAACCAGAUGCACUUAAAGAUGUUGCUAAUUCUCUUCGUUUUUAUGAUCGUUUUCAUGUUUGUGCUGAUUAUGCUGACUAUAUUCGUUGUCAAGAAAAAGUUUCAGAGACAUAUAAGGUUUGGAAAUUAAUUUUUUUAAAGUUUAUAUUCCUAUAGUCAAGAGGUAGGAUCUCUAUUGACCCUUCUCCCAAAAGUUUAACUCCAAAUAUUUGGACGUUUAAUGAGUUAUCAAGAUCAAUACUAUAAUAUAUUGUCUUGCUCUCUGCUUUCUUUAGUCUUAUCUGACAGUUGUACAAGAGAAUUUCUUUUGUUCAUUUCCGCUUUAAUACCUACAAAAUUUUUUAUUUGCACAAAUCCUUUAUCCGC